UGUGUCACGUCAGACAUACCGGAAGAAACCCUUUCCGGGAGCCGGGGUGGUGAUUUCCGGCUUGCUGAAGAAAGUUGAGCAGGAGAGCGCUGCAGGUUCCUGGAUUCUCAAAAAAUGGACAGCCAGGGCAGGAAAGUGGUGGUUUGUGACAAUGGAACCGGGUUUGUGAAGUGCGGUUAUGCUGGCUCCAAUUUUCCAGAGCACAUCUUUCCAGCGCUAGUGGGCAGGCCGAUCAUCAGGUCUACUGCCAAAGUGGGAAACAUCGAAAUCAAGGAUCUCAUGGUGGGAGAUGAGGCAAGUGAGCUACGCUCCAUGCUGGAAGUGAACUACCCCAUGGAGAAUGGGAUAGUCAGGAACUGGGACGACAUGAAGCACUUGUGGGACUACACGUUUGGUCCCGAGAAACUCAACAUCGACUCCAGGAACUGCAAGAUCCUUCUGACGGAGCCCCCAAUGAACCCCAUGAAGAACAGGGAGAAGAUCAUAGAGGUAAUGUUUGAAACAUACCAGUUUUCUGGGGUCUAUAUAGCUAUUCAAGCUGUACUUACGCUAUAUGCUCAAGGCUUGCUGACCGGAGUGGUUGUCGACUCUGGAGAUGGUGUAACCCACAUCUGCCCUGUCUAUGAGGGGUUCUCACUGCCUCACCUGACUAGGAGACUAGACAUUGCUGGGAGGGACAUAACCCGCUACCUCAUCAAGUUGCUUUUGCUGAGAGGAUACGCCUUCAACCACUCGGCUGAUUUUGAGACGGUUCGCAUGAUGAAAGAAAAGCUGUGUUACGUCGGCUACAACAUUGAGCAGGAACAGAAACUAGCCUUGGAGACCACUGUGCUUGUAGAGUCUUACACGCUCCCAGAUGGCAGGUUAAUAAAAGUCGGAGGAGAGCGUUUCGAAGCCCCGGAAGCUUUGUUCCAGCCUCACCUCAUCAAUGUGGAAGGAGUUGGAGUGGCUGAAUUACUCUUCAAUACUAUCCAUGCGGCUGAUAUUGAUACCAGGGCUGAGUUCUACAAGCACAUUGUUCUAUCCGGAGGCUCCACUAUGUACCCCGGGCUGCCCUCGCGACUCGAGCGGGAACUGAAACAGCUCUACCUGGAGCGUGUUCUGAAGGGAGACGUGGAGAAGCUCUCGAAAUUCAAGAUUCGCAUUGAGGACCCUCCUCGUCGUAAGCACAUGGUGUUCCUGGGUGGAGCAGUGCUGGCCGACAUCAUGAAAGACAAGGACAACUUCUGGAUGACUCGGCAGGAAUACGAGGAGAAAGGCAUGCGCGUGCUCGAGAAACUGGGAGUAACUGUUAGAUAAGCUUGGACACUUGUUAACCAUCGUUUCCCUAUGGCUUUCUUACUCCUUUUCUGCUACUUUUCCAACUCAUUCAUCCAUCUAACUUGGAAAGUCCUGUCUGUGCCCACGGCAAAGGGGAUGUGUAGAUUUCCUGGGAGAACUUUUGUUAAAUGUAUGUUUUUGCCACCAAAUUUCACAGUUUAAUUUGGCCAUUGCCCUGUAAACAAAACCACAUAAACAAAGGGCCUGUCUCUUAGAUUGUUGUAGCUACUGUAACUCCUGUAGUCUUUCUCUUUAUUAUUGUUUGCAUUUAUAGCAACAGGCUUGCUAGCUUUGUCUUCAACACACCAGGUGGUAUAUGCCUUUCUGAGUCCAAGAAGCUUGGGUGAAUAUAAAAGAUGCUCUUUAUGUAUCAUCCCAGUUAUAUUGCAUUGGCUAGUACCGUAAGAUUCACUGUUUAUGGUGUAGUUCCCUAAUAAACUGGAUCUUCCAAAGCAAUCAUUGCCAUAAAAGGCCUCUACUGCUGCACUUGAACUGUGUGAGGCUAUACAUUUUGUGAGGUGUUGGUGAUGGGGGAAGUCUUUCUUUUUUUCUCUUCCUAAACAGGUUUAUUUUAUGUCAUAAUUUUCAUUUUUAAUUUUGCUGUGCAGUACCAUUUUCUUAAGUAGAGUGCAAGAAUGUGUAGUCAUGUAAUGUACAAUCACAAAAGUGCACAAAGCUUCAGUAUACAUUGUUCUGUUUAAAAGGGACUGGGUUCCCUGGAAUAGAUGUAUUAAAUUAGUUAUAAAAAAUAAAUAAAAAAGCUGGGGGGAUGUUUGUAAUAUACAAAUAAAACCAGUGUAUGUGCCACAAAGACAUUGUAAAAGUUGGUAUUUAAGUUUCUGUUUGGCUCUCGUAUGUAUUGGAGGCACUUCAAUAAUAAAUCUUGCAUAAAUGUUUUAUCCAGUGCCAAGCGCAGUUAUUGAAACUGGAUUUUUUUUUUUUUCAUCGCGUAACUGCCUAAUGCUGAUUUAAAUAAAGCAAACUGAUUUAUAAAUA